CGUGUAAUGUAUGCCUGCUGCUGGGUUUUUUUAGUAUUUUUAGUUCAAAAAAUAUGCAGAGUGUGUGCCAGUAAAUGUGUUUUGCAUGAGUGAUCAAGAGAAUGAUAUAUUAAGUCAGCGUAAUAUAUAUUUUACAGAGAUGGAAUGUUUCCUGGCUUUUCUAGUGCUUCUGCACUGUAUCUAAAAUUCGGUGCUGUUUAAGGUGGCUAUUGGCAACUUGAUCCUACUUUUAAGGGCUAGAUCAAUUUGCUCUGUGCAAGGUUUUCAAAAUAAUCUCAGCAGAGAUAUCACCUACUUUUAAAAAUUAUGUUUGCAUAUAGCUUACCACAACAGGGAAUUAUUCUUCCUUGGAAGUACAAUUGUUGGAUGGAUGCCUUUCAUCAGUUGUCUCUGUGUGUGACAUUUCCAGUAAAGCGUUUAAACAUGUUCUCAAACCAGUGCAGUGCAGAACUCCUAGAUACAUGUAAUUAAGCGUAAAACUAGCCCUCAUGGUUCAACCUCUGUCAUUAAUUUAAACCUGCCCUGGUUUACAGAAAUAGUUUUAAAGCGUCCAAAAUAUUAACAACAGUUGGCAUUCCUUUAAGGUGCAUUUAAAAGCCACUUUUGGUUAUGCUAAAAUAGCUUUAUGUCUAGAUAAAGGCCAGGGAGGGUGCCAUCCACCACCAGUGUUUACCACCCUCCGUGUUAAACAUUUAUUCCUUGUAUGUACUCUGCUCUCCUCUUUAAAGCCGUUACCCCUUGUCCUGUUGCUACAGGCCCUACUGAACAGUUCGUCCACAUCUUUAUUAUAAGCUCCCUUUAAGUACUGAAAGGCCGCAAUAAGGUCUCCCCAGGGUGUUUUCUUCACUGGGCUGAACAACCCCCAACUUUCUCUCAGCCUUUCCUCAUGGGAGAUUAUUCCAGACACUUGGUGGAACACCGGGAUCCAGACUCGUUACGUUAGCCUGCUUUGCAAGUUCAGCAACCCUGAAAGCGAGCAGUUAACGCUGCAGCAUCAGCUCGGCCUGGAGGAUUCUCCCACUCCAACUCACAGCAGUCUGGAUGAGUUUCAUCCUCUGAAGAAUGAGGCUGUGGUGUUUUUAAUACACAAUAAGGAACGUGGCAACACAUUUAGAUCUAGCCUCAUUAAUGCUGGUUAGACUGCUCCCCAGAAAAUGUAUUUUUCCAGACUCUGAGGACUUUGACCACUUCUUGACAAAUAAUGAACCCAGUUUCUACAUCCAGACACAAUUCACCAAGCGGUUCUAGCUGCUGAGCUGAUCUUGCCUGUGUUGUUUGAUGAACAGUGCACAGUUGUCAACUUCAGAAAGUCUACAAUGAUGUAACCCCUGAAAACCAUCAAAGGUUAAACAUUCCAAGAACUGACCUGCGUUAUAGCCAGAAACUUUCCAAAAAAAAAUGGCCAGACUGUUGCAAGCUCCACCCAAGUUUAAUCCCUCAGAAUGGAACAUUGCAAACAAGAUGCAGUGUGCCAGUACGGAGUCUCAGAAAUCCAGGUCAGAACGCACAAUAGCUGAGAGUCAGAGGCUGCUGGAUGAAGUAGAAAAGACGACUCGGAAAACCCAGAGUGACAUCAACAAGAAAAUAGAACAGAGACGGGAAGAAAUAAAAUUCUGGAAGCAAGAAUUAGAUAACAAACUUGAACAAAUUGUCCGUGAGACAGAGGUACUGCUGAGUUUCAAGACAAGGCUGGAGAAAUCUUUGGAGAGCUGUGAAGAGCCACUCAUCAUUGCCCAAAAGUGUCUCCUGAAUAGGCAGAGGCGAGCUGGGAUUGACUUGGUCCAUGAUGAAGUGGAACAGGAACUGGUAAAGGAAGUUGAAGUCCUCCAGGGGGUUAUUGCUUUGCUUGGACGUACAUUGGAACAAACCAAUGAGCAAAUCAGACUAAACCGUUCAGCAAAAUACAACCUGGAAAUGGAUCUCAAGGACAAGUUCACAGCUUUGAUGAUUGACGAUUACUGUGCUAGCUUGACAAACAACACUCCUGAUAUCAAAUAUGCUGAUGAUGCAGUGAAAAUAGAAGGAAAUUUUGUUAGCCCUGAAGACUGGAUAGAUUUCUCAAACAUAAAUGUUGAAAAGGCUGAAAAGCAGAAAAACAAUUCUUUGGCACUGAGGGCACUGAUUGAUGGCAUCCUCUCACAGACAGCAAAUGACAUGCGCAAGCAAUGUGAGGUGGUGAAUGUCGCAUUUAGAAGUCGUGUGAAGGAAGUCAAGGAUGCCAAGCACAAACUUCAGACACUCCUUGCAAUGGUGAUGGAUGAGAUUGCCUCACAGGAGAAGAACGUUGCAGCCUUAAAGAAAGCAAUUGCUGAUAAAGAAGGACCUGUUAAGGUGGCUCAAACCCGCUUGGAAGCAAGAAACCAUCGUCCCAGUGUGGAAUUGUGUUAUGACACAGUGCAAUACAAGCUGAUUAGUGAAGUUCAAGAGAUUACAAAAAAUAUUCAAAGAUUAAAGGACACUCUGGCACAGGCUGAGACAGAGCUGAAAGGUCUGAGCCGCCGACAGCUCUCCUUGGAGGAGGAGAUCCAGGUCAAGGAGAAUACAUUGUACGUUGAUGAAGUGCUCUGCAUGCAAAUGAGAGAGUCUGUUUACAUUAAAAACUUCUGAAGCCAUUAUACUGGGAGAUUGUGUUCCAAAGAGCCAGCUCCUGCUGAAAUUUUAUUGACAACCUCCACGUUUAUUGGUUUGGCUCAAUGCUGUCCCGGUUCCAGUUGUGUAAGGUAAUUAAAACAGACCUAGUACUUAUAGCUACCUCUUUCACAGCUAUCUAUGCUCUAGAACACCUGAUGAAAUCUCCCACUUUUAGCAAUAAAAUUCCAGAAUAAGUGGAAA